AUGGCGGACAGCCAAAAACCUCACGAAGACGCUCUUACGCGACUCGUUUGUGACUUGGAAACGAAGAAAAGAUUGUGCUGCGUCGAGGACUAUCCUGGAGUUGGGCUGGAGCAGUUGAAUCAUCACCUGGAGAAUCUCGGUCCACUUGUGAACCCCGUUUUCGGCGAGCAGCCGGCUUUUUUUAUCGACGAAGGCUACUUUAUCCCAUAUCGAAUUGUCGCGUAUGGCACUGAGAUGAUGGCGGCCAAGAUUGCACCGCUCCUUGGUCAGUGGUCAAAGUGGUCUGGAAAUGGGGGUCGAGUGACAACCUCGCAAGGGACGUAUAUUCUAGAGCAGCAGCCUGGAGGUCCUAAAGUGAGAUUGCCCGACGUGGCAUACACACCACGAUAUGAUGACAGAAAUUUAACUCCUGAACAGAUAUGGACAUAUCGUAGUGAGCCUUAUGUCCCUACCUUUGUUGUUGAGAUUGAUAAGCUAUCUGGUUCAAGCUCUCAACUGCAAGCUCUCGAUCAAAAGAUGCGAAAUGAAUAUUUUCAACACGGCGUGGAGUUGGGUUGGCUGAUAGACCCACGCCCAGACUUUCAGCGGAUGUAUGAGUACUAUCUCGACGAAACUGGAAAUGUGCAAUGCUCUGACAACUUUGAAUGGAGAGAUCUUGACGGUGGUAAUGUUCUUCCUGGAUUUAAGAUACGCGAACCUGUGUUGGAAAUGGUAUUGAACCAGGAUCCAGGAUCUUCGUCAGAAGAUGAAGUUGAUCUGGUGUGUCCUUUUCCAGGAUGCAACAAGCGAUUCCGAUCGCAUGGUGCAAUUGCUGCUCAUGUUGAAUGGCACCGUGAGGAAAGAUCAAUUUCGAAGUACUUAGCCAAGCGUGGGAACUCAUAG